AUGCCUUUAGCAGUAGAAGACAAGUGUUUGGCUUUCCAUGGCCCGCUUCUAUACACUGCAAAAGUCUUGAAAGCCCACGACCCUGCCAAUCCGGAGAAAACCGCCGGCGAUGAGGUGCCAGCGAACCUUAAAGACCAGCAAUGCUUCUUCAUACACUACCGGGGGUGGAAGUCAUCGUGGGACGAGUGGGUCAGCCCCGAGAGGCUCAAGGAGUAUACAGAGGAAAACUUGCAAUAUAAACAAGAACUGGUUCAACAGGCCAAGGAUGCGCGGCAGGCUAAGAAGAAAACGCCUGCUAAACCUCGCAAAGCAGAACCCCGUAAGCGAAAGUCUGCUACUGCUGCUGCCGACGAAACAGGCAGUGCGGGGCCGCAAGGACCUCGUAUUGUGGUGCAUAUUGCGCAGACUCUAAAAGCCGUAUUGGUCGACGACUGGGAGCGCAUCACCAAGGACAAAAAGCUGGUUUCUUUGCCUUGCAGGCCGACCGUCGCUCAGUUAUUAGAUGAAUACUGCGAAGACGCAAGUGCGCAUGAAGUGUCGCCUGUGGUGCAAUCGCAGUUGCACGAGUACUGUAGUGGACUCAAGCUCUAUUUCGACAAUUCUCUGGCGGUAUUACUACUGUAUCGGUUCGAAAGACUACAGUAUGCUGAUUACGUCCAGGAUCCAGCCUCGUCAAUUUACGGGGCCGUUCAUCUGCUGCGGCUGCUCAGCAGUCUGCCAGAGUUGGUGUCGUUUACGUCUAUGGACGAAUUCGGUUGCGACGUGAUUGUCCAGCAGACCGAAAAACUGCUUAAAUGGCUUAGUAGAAACAUGGAACUUUUCGACGAUGGUAUGUACGUCAAUACUAGCAGUCAGUAUGAGGGCACUGCAUUAAAUAUGUGA